UAACUCUACUCGUUCUCCCAUUGGUCAAUCGGGUCUUCCUCAUCUCCUCUCUCCUCUCCUCGUCGUUUCCCGGCGCGAUGCGGCGGUCGUUUCCCCUGCUUCCCACUUCCGGCGUCCUCCUCCUCCUUCUUCUCUUCUCGCCGCUGCUUUUCCCUGCGAAGGGAGCUACCGACGCACAGGCCACCUACAUCGUCCACGUGGCCCCUUCCCACAAGCUGGCCCCCUCCACCUUCCGCCACUGGUACGCCCGCACGCUGCGCUCACUCCCCGGCCGCCCCGCCUCCAGCCUCCUCUACGAUUACUCCCAUGCCAUCUCCGGCUUCUCUGCCCGCCUCACUCCAUCCCAGGCGGCCGCUCUCCGCCGCCUCCCCUCCGUCCUCGCUGUCCUCCCUGACCGCCCCUGCCAGCGACACACCACCCGAUCCCCGGCCUUCCUCCGCCUCUCCUCCUCCUUCGGCCUCUGGCCCUUUUCCUCCUUCGCUUCCGACGUCGUCGUCGGCAUCCUCGACACCGGCGUAUACCCUGAUUCCCGCUCCUCCUUCGUGGAUGACUCCCUCCCCCCGCCCCCUUCCUCCUGGCGCGGCUCUUGUGAAGCAGGGAAAGGAUUCAACACCUCCUUCUGCAAUCGCAAGCUGAUCGGCGCCCGGGUCUUCUUCAAGGGCUAUGAAGCGGCCCGCGGCCCCAUCGAUGAGACUCUGGAAUCAAAAUCGCCGCUCGACACCGAGGGUCACGGUUCCCACACCGCCUCUACGGCCGCGGGCUCUGCCGUCGACGAAGCCGGCUUCUACCAGUACGCCAGAGGAGAGGCCCGGGGCAUGGCCACCAAGGCCCGUAUCGCGGUUUACAAGAUCUGCUGGAAAGACGGAUGCUACAACUCGGACAUACUCGCCGCCAUGGACGCCGCCAUCGCCGAUGGAGUUGACGUCAUCUCUCUUUCCGUCGGCGCCAGUUAUCCUCCCGCCUUCUACCGCGAUUCGAUCGCCAUUGGGGCGUUCGGCGCCAUGCGUCACGGAGUGGUGGUCUCGUGCUCCGCUGGUAAUUCCGGUCCCGGAUCGCGCACCGCCGUCAACAUCGCGCCGUGGAUACUCACCGUGGGCGCAUCUACCCUCGACCGACAGUUCCCGGCCGAUGUGGUCCUCGGAGACGGAAGCACCUAUGGCGGCCUCUCUCUUUACUCUGGAGAUCCAUUAGAUUCGACCAAUCUUCCUCUGGUGUAUGCUGGCGAUUCCGGUUCUCGCCUCUGUCUCCGGGGCUUCCUCUACCCCGAGAAGGUCGCCGGAAAAAUCGUCCUCUGCGAGCGCGGUGCCAAUGCGCGUGUCGAGAAAGGGCUUGCCGUGAAAUUGGCUGGUGGCAUCGGUUUGAUCCUGGCCAACGAUGCUGGGAGCGGAGAGGAGCUUGUGGCGGAUUCCCAUCUUGUUCCAGCCACCAUGGUCAGCCACGCUUCCGGUGAACAAAUCAAAUACUAUAUCAAAUCGCAGGCUUCGCCUACCGCCACCAUCCUCUUCCGCGGCACCGUCAUCGGUGACUCGCCUGCGGCCCCCAAGGUGGCAGCUUUCUCGAGCAGAGGUCCCAACUACCGCGCGCCGGAGAUCCUCAAGCCUGAUGUCAUCGCCCCCGGCGUCAAUAUCUUGGCUGCGUGGACUGGGAGUACCAGCCCAACCGACCUCGACAUCGAUCCACGGCGUGUGGAGUUUAACAUAAUCUCCGGCACAUCCAUGUCCUGCCCUCAUGUAAGCGGAAUCGCGGCCCUGCUCCGCGGAGCCUACCCGGAGUGGAGCCCGGCCGCCAUCAAAUCGGCCCUGAUGACCACCGCCUACAACUCCGACAACGCCGGAGAAAUCAUUAAGGAUCUGGCAACCGGUGCCGAGUCCACCCCAUUCAUCCGCGGUGCCGGCCACGUGGAUCCCAACCGGGCGCUCGACCCCGGCCUCGUUUACGACCUCAACACCGGCGACUACCUCGCCUUCCUCUGCGCAAUCCACUACACCCCGGAGCAGAUCGCGGUGUUCACCAACGACGAGAUCAGCGUCAACUGCUCCGACACCGCACUCGCCAGCCCCGGCGGCCUCAACUACCCUGCCUUCGCCGUCGUCUUCUCUUCUAACAGCGACGUCAUCACCUACAAAAGAGUAGUCCGCAACGUGGGAGCUUCUGCGGAGGCGGUGUACGAAGCAAACAUCACCAGCCCACCGGGGGUGGCCGUCACGGUGUCGCCGAGCAAGCUCGAGUUCGAUGCCGUCGGGCAGAGCUUGUCUUACGAGAUAAAAAUCGAGUCUUUGGAGAGUGCGGCGGAGUAUGGCGCUCAAGCCUUCGGCUCCCUCGCGUGGAGCGACGGAACUCACGAAGUGAGGAGUCCUAUUGCCGUUACAUGGAAGCAAAGCUUCGUCUCCUCCAUUUGAGCCAGAAGAUGGAAUUGUGGAGGAGUUCAGCCAUGAAUCGAUGCUUCAGGAUGCGGAACUGGUCUGAUUAGGUGAUUCUGUCAAUUAAUUAGACAUCACAUCCAAUUAUCUAUACUCGAACUCUGUAACUAGAUCUACAUGUUCUAUUCUGUUCUAUAGUACUUGUUGAAUGUAGUUCUUGCAUUUCGGAUAGUCGCAUCAAAUGGCUUAUAAGUAGAAAAGAACUACGUCUACUUGACUGAAUAUUGAUAUUUUA